AUGGUUUCAUGCAUUGAUGAACCUCCACAUCUCUCUUCUAGUCCUCUUCCUAGCCAUCCAUGGCAACAAAGUUUCACAUCGUCAUUCAUCUGCUAGUAUAUGUUAUGACAGUGGUGGUUAUGGUGGCGGCAGAGCUUCAACGCUUUCAACAUCCGGUGAAAGCCGACGGAUCUCUAAGGUUUUUGGCCAUCGGUGAUUGGGGUAGGAGAGGACUCUACAACCAGUCCAAUGUCGCUUAUCAGAUGGGUAACGUAGGGAACAAAAUGGAUGUCGACUUCAUUGUUUCCACCGGUGACAACUUCUACGACAGUGGUUUAGUUGACGAACACGAUCCCACAUUUUACGACUCGUUUACAAAUGUCUAUACUGCCCCAAGCUUACAGAAACAAUGGUACUCAGUGUUGGGGAACCAUGACUAUAGGGGUAAUGCCUUGGCACAGUUGAGUCCAACCCUCAGACAAAGAGAUGAUAAAUGGUUUUGCAUGAGAUCUUUUAUUCUGCAUGCUGGAAAUGUUGAAUUAUUCUUUGUGGAUACAACACCUUUCCAAGACAAAUAUUUUACAGAGACAGACCAUCAAUACGACUGGAGAGGUGUGCUUCCUCGAGAAGAAUAUAUGUCUCGUCUUUUAAAGGAUGUGGAUUUAGCGUUAAAAGAAUCAAGCUCGAAAUGGAAAAUAGUGGUUGGACAUCAUACAAUAUUCAGUGCUGGUCACCAUGGCAAUACUCAAGAGCUUGUGGACAAACUUUUGCCCAUUCUUCUGGAAAAUGAGGUGAAUCUAUACAUAAAUGGGCAUGACCAUUGCUUGCAGCAUAUUAGUCAUUCAAACAGUCAGCUUCAGUUUCUAACAAGCGGAGGCGGAUCAAAGGCAUGGAAGGGAGAUAUCAAUCCAUGGAACCUUGACGAAAUGAAGUUCUAUUACGACGGACAGGGUUUUAUAGCGGCGGAAAUAACUGAAAAUGAUAUCUAUGUGUCCUUUUAUGAUAUUUUUGGCAACAUACUACACAAGUGGCGGAGUGGCUCUGGAGACAUGACAUAUAUAUAGUACAUUAUAAAACAUGUGAAACAAUCAUUUAAACCAUGUCCAUGAUCAAGGUUUAUGUUAUCGGCUAAAAUGAACCAUAUCGUAUAUUAUAUAUAUCGUGUUGCACUUGCAUCACUA